GAAGUCCUCCACAAAAGGCUCAGACAGCAGUGAUUCUGGUGAAGUAGGUGACGAAAAGAAAAAAAGAGAUUCUCGGAAAAGUGGCUUUCUUAAUUUAAUCAAACCUAGAUCCAAAUCUGAGCGUCCUUCAACUGUGUUAAUGCCUGAAGAAUCUUCAUCUCCCAGAAGUGUUGUCAAAGGCCCCACUGUAGAGACUGCAAAGAAGGAUUUGAAGUCAGCUGAACAAAAUGGCACCUCUGAAAAAACUGAGGAAUUAAAAACACCAGAUUCAACAGAAGAGGUUCCUUUGGAGGAUGCGUCAAAGCUUGAAAAGGGUGACAGCAAAGGCAGUCCUCAAGGAGGACGUAGGUAUGGGGUGCAGAUGAUAGGCAGUGGCCUUCUUGCAGAAAUAAAAGCCAAGCAGGAACGGAGAGCAGCAUCAGCACAGAAGAAAUUAGGGAAUGAUGUUAGAGAUUCAGCAGAUCUUUCACUGAAUUCAGAACGACAGGAUGGAGCUGUAAUGAAACUUCAUCAGUCUUCUCCAGAGAAUCAGUUGGCUCUCAGUAGGGAAGAUUCUAUCACAGUCUCGACAGAAAAAAAUUCAAAAGCUGAACCAAAGAUAGAAAUUGGAGCUAGGACAAAAAGUUCUUCUAGCGCCCCUUCCAGUCCAAAACCUCCACUGCAGUCCACAAAGCCCACCCUAACAGGACGACCAACAGUUCCUCAGAAGCCACGGUCUGCUUCGCGGACAGAUGAUGUCCCAGAGUCUCAGUCCAGUCCAGGUUCCCCUAAAAUUGCCCUACUUCCCCCUGUUUUGAAGAGAGUUCCGUCUGAUAAAGAAAAAGAUAGUCAAAGCAGCCCUCAGGCAGCUCUCAGACCUCUUUCACAUGAAGGUCCAAAGAAAAGCCCAGGACAUCAGAUUUCUGAAUCCCAGGAACAAAAGCAGAGACCUUUAAGGAAAAAUGGCCAGCAAGGAAGCAAGUCCAGUGACUCUGGAGAAGAGCCAGAUAAAGACUUUAUUUUUAUUUAAUUGGUUGAUUAUGGGCUUAACAGUGCAGAUACUUUCAUGAUAAUGGAGUCCAACUACUACUGACCCCAUUAGCUUUUCCUUUCUAUUUUUUUUUAAGAAGCUUCUCAAAGAUCAAUAUUUGCAUUGGUAAUCAGAUUAAAAAAUAAUUUGGGGUUUUUUUCUAAUUAUUUCCAGAUAUUCUCUAUCAUGCCUUUGCUAAAGCCAGCAACUAUUCCAUGUCUUCUACUUGAAUUUUCUGAAGCAGCUACAAAAAUAAUGCCUUGCAUUAGAGCUUUGUGGUUGAAAAAACUCAAAGCAAAUAGAUUGGUCAUUUUCUUACACUAACCCAUUACUGUGCAGCAGGAAAAGUGUUGGACUGCUGAAUGUAAAUUUGUCAAACUUGCACGCGACUUACUUUAUAAAUAUAUUCUUGCUGAAUGCAAUUGCACAUUGUAAUUAUAUCAACAGAGCACACUAAUAAAAGAAUUUGUAUAAAUAAUAUAUAUUAGAUGCUUGGAUAUGAUUUUUACAUCCUCCUUUGGGAGACUUUACCCAUAUUUGUUGUAACUCUGUAUUUAAGAACAAAAUCAUUUACAUUUUGUGUACUGUUCAAAAGCACAAAAGUAGAAAAACAAUUACUAACACUUUGCUAUGCUUCCAUAUCCAUAAGUAAACAUGUUGAAUUGAAAUGAAGGCAAUGGAUAUUUUAUCAAUAUUGGUAUUUUGUAGAGGUCACUUUGGGAUCUGUCUGCAUCCUCUCUACCUUUAUCACGUACUUCAAAACAAAUAGUUCCUUGUCCGUAAAAGCAAUUCUUUACUUUUUCAAUCUUUUACAUGCAUUUGCUUACGAUUUGGGCAGAAGGAAUUUUAUUCAUAUGUAUAUUUGUACCAAUAAAAUGAUUUUACAA